UUAAGUUUAAUAGGUUAGAUUUUUCAGUUUUUAAUCUAAAAAUGCACGGUCGGUUGAAAGUUAAAACCACAGAGGAGCAGAGGAUAGAGAAGCAUAAGCAGCAACAGAAAAAAUUGGCUGCUUAUCGAAUGGGAAUGAAACAAAUCUUAUCUACAAGGUCUAUAGAUAGUUAUGAGCCUGAAUCUCUAGCAAUUUGUACACAAAUAUUGUCUGGAAACCCUGAUAUAUACACUUUGUGGAAUAUUAGGAAGGAAAUAAUACUUAUUGAAAUCGAAAAAAGCAAAAGCAAUGAUAUUGAAGGUGAAGAUCAACUAACAAAAUUCCUUGAUAAUGAGAUUGGACUAACUGAAACCUGCCUUAAAUCAAACCCAAAAUCUUAUGGAGCAUGGCACCAUCGAUAUUGGGUUUUAUUGCAUCAUCCUAAUCCUAACUGGACUAGAGAAUUUAAUUUAAUUUCAAUGUAUUUAAGCUAUGAUGAUAGAAACUUUCAUGUAUGGGAUUACAGACGAUUAAUUCUACAAAAAAAGGGUGAGACAUUAGAGAAUGAAAUUAAAUUUUCAACAAAUCUAUUAAACGAAAACUUUUCAAAUUAUUCCUCUUGGCACUACCGAAGUACACUAAGGAAAUUAGAUGCAGACACUGUUGGCAAUGAAUUAACUUUAGUCCAAAAUGCUGUUUUUACUGAUCCUGCUGAUUCAAGUGCAUGGUUUUAUUUAAGAUGGGUCUUAAGUCAUCCUAAUAUUCCCUGUGGUGAUAAAGAGGAAGCAUUGGAGUCAUUUGAACAGUUACAAGAGCUAGAGCCUGAAUGCAAAUGGGUUUUGUUGGCAAAAUGUUGGCUUACCGGUUCCCUAUGCCUAAACGAUAAAAAACAUGUAGACAAACGUGUGGAAUAUUACCAACAACUAAUAAAACUGGAUCCUCAAAGAAAAGGACAAUAUGAAGACUAUCUUAAAGCUGCAGAAACCAAAAAAGCUGUGGGUGAUAAUUAACAUUUUAUUUAUAUAAUUAUGCAACAAUUUUAUACACUAAGUUUCCUUUUUUGUAAUUCCAUUUCUACUUUUUGUUGAACUUUUUCUUCAUCUAUUUGCACCUGCAAUUUUAUUGUUAUGUAUUAUGAUUAUUGAAU